AUGUCUUCUGUCCCCGCGACAUUUCAACAGGGACCUGUCGAGGCUCGUUCGCUCUCGUCCAUCACGGCCAUCGCCUCCAAUCCCCCCGCAUAUCCACGCAAUCCCACCCACGAGAAGCACGAUCCCUUGCAACUAUACAUCGUGAGGGUGCCUGGCAGUCAAGACAUAUUCCUCUCCCCUGUCAAGCCACCCACGAAAUCUAGCGUCUCUGCCGAAGCUAUCAAUGCAUCUCUAUACUAUCUCCACGUCGCGACACCCGAGGACGAUGCGCUGCUCCAGGAAGUCGAACUCGAGCGCGAGAAACAAUUACAUCGACGCAAGGAGGAGCUAGGAGCUGGGGGCAUAGCCGAUCCCGCUCAGCGAGAGUUUGCUCGUCUGAACAAUGUUCGUCGGAAACCGGUCGGUGGCGAACGAGAGGCUUCAGGCCAGGAGAAUAAACCGACAUCUGUGGCUACUUCCACGCCUGCGCCUGCGCCUGCUCCUGCGCAGGAAAAUGUUGCCCCUCCACGGAUACCCCGCCGGCCGGUGCCUGGGCCGCAAGUCUCGGCGGAGAAUAUGUCCUUUGUCGGGACUCCUGUUGUGAAUAUACAGCCAGAGACGAAGGGCGAACCGAGACAGAGCUCGGUAGAGUCAGUUGGUAAUACAGACAUACCGCGCCCUCUGCCUCCGCUGCCGCCCAACGAGGAGCCCCUCAUUGAAGACCCAUUGAGCGGCGACGAUCGAUUUAGAAAGACCAAUCGAUGGAGUGCAUUUGUGGAUAAUGUCCAGGCCCGAGGAAGGGAAGUUUGGAGAGAAAAUUAUGAGACCAUGCCCGCUGGUCGGCAUAGUCUAGACGCCAACAGACCGCUAUUACCACCUCGCCCGUCGAAUGAUGGCUCUCGCUCGCCAAAUCAAAGCCCCGGACAGUCACCCACUCGCCAGCAAAGAGCACAUCUAGCUUCUCGUGGCAAUGCUGGAUUCCAUAUUACUCUUAUCCGACGGGAUCCUGCGUCAGGCACGCAAUGGAAUGUCGCGACGAUAUCUGCACCUCGGAUGUCAGCAGGGCCAUCUUUAAAGGCAUCGUUGGGGCUUGACCAACCGAAGACCACCGAACAACAACCGCAGACGCAGCCACAGUCAACGGGUCCACGCAAAUUCCAUCGGCAACUCUGCGUUUCAAGGCAAUUCGAGGAUACAAAUGGAGGAAUCCGCAGUGACUCGGGUAACGGACAUGUUCCCGAGGGCUCGAAACUGAAGAGUGGCUACUACGUCUUCAAUUCGCCAUGGAACGGCAUCUGCACCUUCUCCUCCAGCGUCAACGGCCGCAGCCUGAAAUGCAAGCAUAUGAUUUCCGCACCAGGCAAUGUACCACCUGGUGACAGCGAUGCCAAUCCAGCCGUAACAGUCGCCGAAAUCCGCUUCAACACUCCAUCCCAAGCCGCCAAUCUACACUUUCACGCCUCGCAACGCCCACACCACCACCAACAUCCUCAUACUCACCAUCACUCCCAAACUUCCAACCCAACCACAGGCCCAAUCUCGCCACGCCACAUCCCCGACCCAUCAAACCCCGACACAAAUACCAAACGAAACUCCCUCUCCCAAUUCCUCAAUCCAAACAACUUCACCCGACCCCGCGCCCACUCCGGCCCCAACACCCCCUACACCCCCGACCCACCAAGCAGCCACAACCCACGCACCCCCUUCAACCCCAUAAACAUCGUCCGCCGCACAUCCCUGCGCACAUCACGAUUCUCCCGCGGCGAAUUCAGACACCAAUACCCGCCGCCUCUGCAUCCGCGCCGUAGCACGAGCACGAGCAGCGGGGGUCCGGACUCGGAUGAGGAUCGGUUGGAUUUCUCGCUUGCGAGGGAGUUGGCGGGUGGUGGGAUGAGGGGGAAGAGUGCUAAAUUGGGGAAAUUGGUUAUUGAGGAUGAGGGGAUUAAGAUGUUGGAUUUGGUGGUUGCGGCUUGUAUGGCUGUUUGGUGGAGGGGGUAUUAUCAUUGA